AUCCUAUUAUAAAAAGGAGACCCGUGUACAGAUCGAUAUCGAUAUUUCUCGAAGAAAUAUCUCGAAAAUGCGUAAGCGUAAGACAGAAACCGAAGCGACAUCUGUCGAUUAUAUUAGUCGCACAUUGGGCUGGAACAAAUGAACCGGUAAAAACCAUCACAUUUGGCAACGUGUUUGAGUGUUUUUAUCCUAUUAUAAAAAGGAGAUAAUUUAUAAUCGUGAAACAUCAUGACAUCUCCACCUAUUAAAUAUACGACCAACAGAGCCAUUGAUCAUUUCAAUGUUGCAGCUACACUCAUGAAAAUCAUCGGCUACGUCGACUGCAUUGAAGGCCUGAGAGAGUUGCCAAAGUCUCCAUCUAAGUGGAUUUACAAGUGCAUUUUAAAUAACAAUGAUGGCAGAAGGGUUCGCAUACUUUGCUCGGGGGAUGAUGCUCUCAAAUACAAGGAUGAGAUCAAGAUGUAUCAGGGAACCUUGAGGGAAAAAAAAUAUCAACGAAUAAAUAACAUAAAUGCCCAGUUCAGUUUUCUAGAUAAUAAAAAUCACUGGAGGGAUUAUUAAAGCGGCCAAUCCACAGUAUCGGCGAUCAACGGACACUGUGAGCGACAAAGAAUUUCAAUUUGCACGUAGGAGCACUUUCGACAUCUUUGGCACAUUUAACAUUACGAAUGGAGCUGACAAUGGAAGGUCGAAGGUCAUCUCAUAUAAAAAAUUGAGAUGGAGAAAGUUUGUGCUGCUCGCGGGCCAGUCCAGAUCACUGGAUGGCUCAAAGAGCCAUUCAGAAGCAUUACCAUGUCCUGACUGAGGAUGUAGCCCUCAAUGAAGAUGAGUUGGAUGAUGCUGUCGAAGCACCUCCUCUCAUUCUCAAACGAGGGGCAGCUGAAUCUGCAUCUGGAGAGGCGAUGGACGUCGCGAAUAAGAAACUGAAAGCUGAAUAGCUUUAAUGACGGGCUAUUUACUCUGGAAGUUCAAUUGCAAAAUUGAAAAUUUUUUCUAUAACAAGUUCUAAACUGUUAUUUUUUCACACAAAAAUUGAGUUCUAUAACAAGUUUAACACUGUUAUUUUUUUACGCAAAAAUUGAAUUCUAUAACAAGUUUAAUACUGUUAUUUUUUUACACAAAAAUGAAACAUUGACAAGCUUGAGCUCUUUAAGAAUCUGAUUUUUUACUUUUAAAGACUGCCAACUUCAUAGCAGUAACGUUAAUACUCAUUUAGCUUUAACAACCAAAACAGAUGGAAUUAUAAUAAUCUAUUCAUGAACAUUAGUAUUUAUUCAGAAUUUAUUUCAAUAUAUGGCCCUGUUUUUGAAGAAAAAGUAUUACUAAACAUUUGUAUUUUUUAUAUAUAACAGAGAAAACUGAAGACUAAUUAAUUUUAUGAUUAAAGUAGAUAAAGCUCUCCGGAAUCACAGAUAAGUGAUACAAAGGAUGUAUUCAUGUUAAUGUUUGUUCAUAGUUCUUAACAUAUGUUGUAAUGUCAAUUAUAAUUGUUGGAACAUUAUUUUUGUUUUCAUUUCAAAAUCCGUCCCACUCCUGUAAAUGUUUAUUGAACGCAAGUGGCAUAGGUUUGGAGUUAAUGGUUUCAUUAAUAAAAAUUUAAAACGCGAUUUUUUUGCAGACAUUCAGUUUGAACCUUCCCUACGGUUGUAAGUCGCAGGUAUACACCUUAGUGCGGCAACAAUGUCUCCUGCACUACUACUCACGAAAAAAAAUUCGCAAGCAGCGAUGUUCUUGGUUAUGUGAAGGGAAUAAAUAAUCUCAAUCGCAUAAUUUGAUGUUCACAAAUAAUUAGAAAAUCUUUAAUUAUUAGAUUAGAUUAUUAUGAGACUAAGAACGCCCUCUUCCUGACUUGACUGAUUGCUGUCGCUAUUAUAGCUAAAUCUCGAAUUUGCGGAAAUGUUCUCGAUUCUGUAUACCGUAUGCUGCCUCGCACUGUAUAGUAUAUGCAAUCUUAGAGCAAUCGAAAUAUAUUAAGAUUUUCCCAAUUGUCUUUUUCCAUGAGUUUUAAUUUUAACUUCGAAGAUAGAAUAAGAGCAUUCAUUUUCUAGAGUUUUCAAUUCUUAUGAUUUGGAAAAGAUGGCGCGUGCGUAGCACGCGCGGACG